UUUUGUUUCAAUUUUCGAACGUAAUUGUUAAAGUCACUGUCUAAACAGAAUCGAUAUUUUUCGUUCUUGAUUGGAUUACAAUAGAUCUAUCACUUAAAUAAAUGAAAGUAUAAUAAGCAUUAGUUAAGUUUUUAGUUAAUCAACACAAUGAUUAAGGCCAUCUUGGUAUUUAAUAACCAUGGGAAGCCGCGGUUAUCGAAAUUCUACCAAUACUUUAAUGAAGAUAUGCAGCAACAGAUAAUCAAGGAGACGUUCCAACUGGUCUCCAAGAGAGAUGACAAUGUAUGCAAUUUCUUGGAAGGAGGAAGUUUAAUAGGAGGUUCAGACUACAAGCUGAUCUACAGACACUACGCCACGCUAUACUUUGUGUUCUGUGUGGACUCUUCUGAGAGUGAGCUCGGUAUACUAGACUUGAUUCAGGUGUUCGUAGAAACUCUAGACAAAUGCUUCGAGAACGUCUGCGAGUUGGACCUGAUCUUCCACGCGGAUGCUGCUCAUCAGGUCUUGGAUGAGCUGGUCAUGGGGAUGGUACUUCAGACCAACAUGGCGGAUAUCCUGUGCAGGCUUCAGGAACAGAAUAAGAUGCAGAAAGCUGAGGCGGGUAUUUCGGCAGCACCAGCCCGCGCCGUCUCCGCCGUCAAGAGUAUGAACCUUCCGCAACAGCUCCGCGACAUGAAGCUCCCCGACCUCCCGCAGGCUAUUAAGGACCUGAAGUUCUGACCGACGCAGCAGGAGUUACCCCGCCACGCCGGUUGCCAUAGCAACGAACAUUCUAAACACCAUAUACCCACACAACGAGAAAUAUCAAAAUCUUCAACGCCCUACAGAAAACUACACGACAAAAUUCUUUGGCUCCGAAACUCUGAGUACUAAAUUCUCUGAGACUUUUUCGGAAAACUACCAGCAAACGGAAGGAGUGAAUUUUCCCAAUUACGAAAGUCAGAAAUCGGAUGGGUAUCAAGAUUUGAGCGGACGACCGUGGAGUAUGACUAUAGUGAGGUUAGGAAGAGAAAGAAGAAAAAGAAAGCUGGGAAAAAGUAGGUAGAAAUGGCAGAAAAUACGUUUUUAAUGGCAAUGUUGUUUGUAAACUGUAAUUGAACGUGUUUUAUUUAAAAUGAUUAAGUAAUAAAUAAGUGGAUCUAACUAAAAAUAAUGUUAGAAUGGAUAUAACAAAAAUCAUAACAUUAAAAAAAUGAAAUGAUUUCUAUGAGAUUUUAACACUGAACGGUAAAUAUUAGUUUAAAAAGGCAUGCUGUUAAUUUAUAUUGGAGAUACUCAUAUUAUACUGUAAAUCAUAGAAAACCCACCAAAAAUCAUUUUCAAUAUCAAAAACUCCAUUGAAAUAAAAUAUCUUGCUCUCUUUUUCAAAAUGUGUGUGAAUUGUCAACAAACAAAAAUUUUACAAUUAGGUAAAUGUAUGUUGUACUUAUGUCUUAAUUUUGACAAAAUAUGGAUGUCAUAUGAAAUUAGCUAUUCGACUGCGCAGUAGAUAUUUGAGGAACGAAAAUUUGUAACUGCGCAGCUAAUUUCAAACUAACUUCGGACUUAUCAAGACGAAUUGACCGUAGUAUACAAUGUGUAAUAUUGAAUGCGUAAAACCUGAAAAUAAUUAUUUGAUCAGAACAACUUUCUAAUAUAGGUUAUAUUUUCAUAAAAUCUUUAUUGAAAAUAUUGCCCUCUCUUUAUAAUCAUUAAUAGGUCAAGCCAUGGCUUGCGCAAAAGCACGAACUCGCCAAAAACGUCGCUUCGUCACACAUGCUAGAUGCUAGAAAUGAUCAGAUUUUGCCAGUGUUACUUACCAGUAGACCUUACCAGUAAAACUUACCAGUGUAACUUACCAUAAUGGAUUUAAAAAUCGUUUGGGGUGUCCGAGUUUUUCGCAUCGAACAUUGCACGUUGUACCAAUAUUAUGAAACUUAAAAAUAUGGUGAAAUGUAGUUUUCUAUAAUUCAGCCUGUAGUUAAAUAAAAUAAUAUUCGUUAUGUUAUAUACUUAGAUAAUCAGCUUAUAAAAAUAUCAUAGAUGCAUUGAUUAUUGUGAUUUUAAAUUAAAAUUAAGUGUUUUAAUCAUUCCUUUUACCUAUCACUGUAGAUUUGUGUAAAUUUUGUUUCUAGGUAUGGUGCCAGCGUGGCGUUAGACUUAAUAUAGCUUAUUAUCAUAAAAUUAUGUAUUUAGGAGAUAAGAAAUAUAUAUUUUAUGUUACAUG